AUGUUUCAGAACAUCGUGAACGUCUUCACCGGCGAUGACAAGCUCCGGCACCGACUGAAAGGAACGGUGGUCCUGAUGAAGAAGAAUGUGCUGGACUUCAACGAUUUCAGUGCUUCCUUCCUCGAUCGUCUUCACGAGUUUGUGGGUAAACGAGUUUCUCUUCAGCUCGUGAGUGCCGUCAACGUUGACCCAGGGAAUGACAAUGGCUUGAAGGGGAAACUUGGGAAGCCUGCUUAUCUAGAAGACUGGAUUACAACAAUGGCACCUUUGACUGUGGGAGAAACAGCAUUUAAGGUUACAUUUGACUGGGAUGAGGAGGUAGGAACUCCAGGAGCCUUUAUAAUAAGGAACAAUCAUCACAGUGAGUUCUACCUCAAAAGCCUUACACUUGAAGAUGUUCCUGGCCAAGGUGUCAUUCGCUUUAUCUGCAACUCUUGGGUAUACCCUGCUGAUAAAUAUGAAAAUGAUCGCAUUUUCUUCUCCAACAAGACAUACCUUCCGAGUGAAACACCAAUGCCACUACUUAAGUACAGAGAGGAAGAACUGGAGAAUUUAAGAGGUAAUGGGAAGGGCCAGCUCCAGGAAUGGGAUAGGAUCUAUGAUUAUGAUAUCUACAAUGAUUUGGGAAAUCCAGAUAAGGGUCCACAACAUGCUCGUCCUAUUCUUGGAGGGUCUAAGGAAUACCCCUAUCCUCGUAGGGGAAGAACUGGUAGACCACCAACUAAAUCAGAUCCUAAAUAUGAGAGUAGGCUGAAUAUUGCCUCGAGCUUAGACAUCUAUGUUCCUAGGGAUGAAAGAUUUGGUCACUUGAAAAUGGCAGAUUUUCUUGCCUAUGCACUGAAAUCCAUAGUUCAAGUUCUCAAACCGGAGUUGGAAUCUCUAUUUGACAGCACCCCUAAUGAGUUUGACAGUUUUGAAGACGUAUUCAAACUCUAUGAAGGUGGGAUUGAGGUGCCUGAGGGUAUACUUACUGAAGUUAGGGAUAACAUCCCUGCAGAGAUGCUUAAGGAAAUUUUCCGAUCUGAUGGGCAAAGGUUCCUCAAAUUUCCCAUGCCUCAAGUGAUUGCAGUGGAUAAAUCUGCAUGGCAAACAGAUGAAGAAUUUGCUAGGGAAAUGCUGGCUGGUAUAAACCCUGUCGUAAUUCGUGGUCUCCAAGAGUUCCCACCAGCAAGCAAGCUAGAUCCUAAACUCUAUGGUAAUCAAACAAGUACAAUAACCAAAGAACACAUCGACAGUAACCUGGAAGGGCUCACUGUAGAUGAGGCAAUUAGAGAAAGGAGGUUGUUCAUUUUAGAUCUCCAUGACGCACUUAUACCAUACGUGAGGAGGAUAAACUCUACUUCUACAAAGAUCUAUGCCAGCAGGACAAUUGUGUUCUUGCAAAAAAAGGGGACUUUAAAGCCACUAGCCAUUGAGUUGAGUUUGCCUCAUCCUAAUGGAGAUCAAUAUGGUGCCAUUAGUAAAGUUUACACGCCUGUGGAACAAGGUGUUGAAAAAUCGUUCUGGCAACUGGCCAAGGCUUAUGUAGUGGUAGUGGACUCAGGCUACCAUCAACUUAUCAGCCACUGGUUGCAUACUCAUGCAGUCAUUGAGCCAUUCAUUCUAGCUACAAAUAGGCAGCUUAGUGUGCUUCACCCUAUUCAUAAACUACUGCAUCCUCACUUUCGUGACACUAUGAAUAUAAAUGCACUCGGACGACAGAUUCUCAUCAAUGCAGGUGGUGCCCUAGAGUCAACGGUUUGUCCAUCUAGGUAUUCUAUGGAGUUUUCAUCUGUGCUCUACAAAGACUGGGUUUUCCCUGAGCAGGCACUGCCUGAAGAUCUUGUCAAGAGAGGAGUGGCUGUUAAGGACUCAACUUCCCCAUAUGGCCUUCGACUGUUGAUUGAGGACUACCCUUUUGCGGUUGAUGGGCUAGAGAUUUGGUUUGCUAUCAAGACAUGGGUUCAGGACUACUGCUCCUUCUACUACAAGGAGGAUGACACAGUCAAGAAAGAUACUGAACUGCAAACUUGGUGGAAGGAAAUAAGAGAGGUGGGUCAUGGGGACAAGAAAAAUGAACCUUGGUGGCCAAAGAUGCAGACAUGUGAAGAUCUGGUUCAAACUUGCACUAUUCUUAUAUGGGUUGCCUCAGCUCUCCAUGCUGCAAUCAAUUUUGGACAAUAUCCAUUCGGAGGUUUCCCACCAAGUCGUCCAGCCAUAAGCCGGCGAUUCAUGCCAGAAAAAGGAACACCAGAAUAUGAAGAACUCGUCGCAGAUCCUGAGAAGGCUUAUCUGAAAACAGUUAGUUCACAGUUUCAGGCUGUUCUUGGCAUUUCACUUGUAGAAAUAUUGUCCAAACAUUCUAGUGAUGAGGUCUACCUUGGGCAGAGAGACACUCCAGAUUGGACAUCUGAUGCAGAGCCAUUGCAAGCCUUUGAGAAGUUUGGCAAAAAACUUGCUAGUAUUGAGGAAAGGAUCUUGAGAAUGAACAGUGAUGAGAAAUUCAGAAACCGUUUUGGUCCAGUUAAGAUGCCAUACACCUUGCUUUAUCCAACAAGUAAAGGUGGACUAACUGGCAUGGGGGUUCCUAACAGUAUCUCAAUUUGA